CCUCUCAAAAACAAAAAGAAGCACUAAAAAGAGCAAGUGGUUUUAGAAAACAAAAGAGAGUUUACUUGGUACGAUUCCCCCAAUUUGCUUUCCACAAUCCACCACCAACCCCACCCCAACCCUUUUUUCUUUCACACAUCAAUCAAAACCUCCCCAAACCCAAAAAAAUUCACACCCUCAUCAUCCAGAUAAACAUCACAAACCCAAAAAAAACCUCCUCCAAUUUCUUCCUUAUCCUCCCAAAUAAAGAAAAAAAAAACACAGUCAAAAUCAAAAUGGACAGAGUUUUCUCAGUCAGCGACAUUUCCGACCAAUUUUGGUCACCUCCGCCACCGGGUCCGGUAACCGGAGAUCCGAAAAUGAAUCGGAGCGCAUCCGAAUGGGCCUUCGAGAGAUUUAUACAAGAAACUUCUCCUCUUUCUGAUUCAUCUUCUUCUAAAUCCCUAGCUGAAAACGACGUCGUUGAGGUCAAUCGUCAUCAUCAUCAUCAUACGACUACCAUGAAUAAUAAUAGUAAUGAUAUUACGAGUAAUUAUUAUAGUAAGAAUGAUGAUGGUAAUAAUAAUUGUAGCUCACAAUCACCGCCGACGAAGGCGAAAACGGGGUCGUUUCAUUCUCAGGGAUCGAGUGUGCUCGUUGAUUCUGAGGAUUAUCAUGCUAUUCUUAAGAGCAAACUCAAUUUGGCUUGUGCUGCUGUUGCUUUGACUAGGGCACCCUUUGUUAUAAAUCAAAAUUCAGCUGGUGCAGCAGAAAGUGCGACACAGGGAACAGCUGAUUCACAACCAGUUUCUGUUCUUCCAUGCAAAGGGUCCCAAGACAAGGAUGCAAAGCCUAUUGGAAUCCCUGCCCUUCCUGCCAUGCCAAAGAAACCUGUUACUCAAGCCAAGCAGACGACGAGUUAUUCAUCAGGACAGUCAGAUGAUGAUGAUUUAGAGGGUGAAAAUGAUGGAAACGAUCCUGCUGAUGUCAAGCGUGUGAGGAGAAUGCUCUCAAAUAGAGAGUCAGCUCGGCGCUCAAGGAGGAGAAAGCAGGCACAUCUGACUGAACUUGAGACACAGGUUUCUCAGCUGAGAGUUGAAAAUUCUUCAUUAUUGAAGCGUCUUACUGACAUAAGCCAAAAAUUUAACGAGGCUGCUGUGGAUAAUAGGGUCUUGAAAGCUGAUGUCGAAACUUUAAGGGCAAAGGUUAAAAUGGCAGAGGAGACUGUUAAGAGAGUUACAGGGAUGAACCCUUUGCUGCAGGCUAUGUCUGAAAUAUCUGCCAUGGGAAUGUCACCUUUUGGUGGGAGCCCUUCUGACUCAGCUGAUGCUGCUGUACCGGUCCAAGAGGAACCUAAACAACCUCAUUUUUAUCAACCUGUUGAUAAUAAUCCUCUUCCCGGUCCUAAUCCAAGAGUUAACAGUGGUGUCACAGACAUUCCUACUAUUGACAAUGUGCUGCAUAAUGCUGCUACACAAGUAUUGAAUGGCAGCAAAAUGGGAAGAACUGCAUCCAUGCAAAGAGUAGCCAGCUUAGAGCACCUCCAGAAACGGAUUCGUGGGAGAGUGGAUCAAGGUAGCCCACAUGGUGGUGCUGAGCAGUAAUCAUUCAAACUAAUAACCAUUGGUCUGUGAAUUUCUUCAGAUCUUCCAUUGAUGUGUUUAUUGUUAUGUAAAGUAAUGUUAUUCUUUCCCAUCAUUCCACAUUGAAUCAUAAGGCAUUGUAUCGUGUCUCUUAAUCGUCAUCUAACCUGUUUAUCUUUUAGUA